GCGCUGUUUGGACAAGUUUUAUUAAACCACCCACAUAUUCAUUAAGAGUGGUUCAAUCCAAUUUUCGACCACACUCUACUCCUUCCUAAUUUAGGUCAUAGAUGAAGACUUAGGUUAUGAGAACAAAAAUAAACAAACCGUCGUUAGCAGGAAGUUUUAUAAAAUUAUUGAAUGUUUAGGUUUCUAUUUCCUUUCGGUAAUGAAUAAACAAUACAGUUUGGAACCGGAAUGUCACAAAAUAUGCAUGGUAUCGGAUUUUUUCUUCCCAAACAUGGGAGGAGUAGAAGAACACAUCUUCAAUCUAUCCCAGUGUUUGCUUCUAAAGGGACACAAAGUGAUUGUUAUGACCCACAGCUAUGAAGACCGAGUGGGAAUUCGUUACAUGACAAAUGGCCUGAAAGUUUACUAUUUGCCUAUAAAAGUAUUCUACAAUCAAUGCGUCCUGCCUACGAUGAUUUGCAAUAUUCCUCUUAUAAGAUACAUUCUUUUACGGGAAGAAAUUCAGAUCAUUCAUGGGCAUUCUGCCUUUUCGGCGCUGGCACAUGAAGCGAUGUUGAUCGGCAAUCUUUUGGGAUUAAAGACUGUAUUUACUGAUCAUAGUUUAUUCGGAUUUGCUGAUGCCAGCGCGCUAAUCACGAAUAAACUGCUGGAAAUGUCUUUGGCGAGUUGCAACCAUUGCAUAUGUGUGUCUUACAUUGGGAAAGAAAACACAGUUUUAAGGGGAAGAGUUGAUUGCAAACGAGUUUCAGUCAUUCCAAAUGCCGUGGACACAUUUUCGUUUACUCCCGAUCCAACUCAAAGGGACCAGUCACAGAUUACGAUUGUGGUGGUUUCUAGAUUGGUUUAUAGAAAAGGCGUCGAUUUAACGGCCCAAGUGAUCGGCGAUAUUUGCGAUAAAUACAAGGAGGUCAAUUUUUUAAUAGCUGGAGAUGGGCCAAAGAGAUGGCUACUGGAAGAAAUCAGGGAGAGGCGCGGCUUGCAGGACCGCGUUCUUUUAUUAGGCGCUCUGGAACAUUCGCAAGUUAGAAACGUGCUAGUUAAAGGGCAUAUUUUUUUAAACACCUCAUUAACAGAAGCGUAUUGUAUGGCAAUAGUUGAAGCAGUUUCAUGUGGGCUGAAGGUUGUUUCUACAAGAGUUGGAGGCAUUCCUGAGGUUUUGCCUGACGAUCUUAUAACAUUAACUGAACCCACAGUACCUUCUCUUCUGGAGGGUUUGGAUAAAACAAUUCUAGAGCUGAAGCGAGGCCAGUUUGUCUGUCCUUAUGCUUGCAAUAAGAGGACUGAGAAAUACUAUAACUGGCAAGAUGUAUCCACGAGAACACAAAUUGUAUAUAAUUCCGUGUCCAAAGAAGAGCCGAAAAGUCUACGUAAAAUACUUCAUAGUCAAUUGGGUAGUGGUGUUUGGCCUUACUUAUUGGUCAUAUCAUUGGCCUUUUUAAUAUUGCAAUUUUACGAAUUUUGGGUGCCACGAAAGGAGAUUGAUAUAGCUAGGAACUACAAGUGCAGUAAAAAAACCCACGUUAAAGAAAAAUGGAAUAUUUAAUACACAUUUUAGGUAAUUUAUUACAUCUUCCAGUUAUAACAAAUUUCUAAUAGUUAAUAAUAAUUUAAAAUAAAUAUUUUAUUCUUAAGCAAUGAAAAAUAAAUACAAUUUAGUUACUAAAAUAUGAAAUUCAUUGUACUAAGUUCGUUUAUAAACAACUCUUUAAUAUAUACGCACAUUUUUUUGCGUAUUAAAAGUACAGGGCGUUGGAAUUUAAACCUAUCAAACAAUAUUAAUUAAGUCCCGUGCUCGAUCAUUAUUUUACAAACCCGCAAUUUGCAACAAUUUUCUUUAAUGCCUUAUAAUGUUUCUUUUGAGGUAAUUUAAUUUGAUCAAUAUUUUUUGCAAGUCGCUCGUUUGAGCGUCUAAGAAAACUAUGAUUUGGGAAAUAUUUUUUAAAGAGUUUGUUGUUAAUUUAA